AUGGCUCAGCGUAUCAUAACCUUUGCGGCCCUCCUAUCUAGCGUCGCAGGGCAGUCAGGUGGUAUUCAGAGAGGUCUCCAGUAUGGCGAGAACUGGGCACCUACCACCAAAGACUCUGACCUCGUAUCGGCCAAUUUCCCUGAUAUCAACAUCACACUCCGAUCCCCGGCGUUCUUGAACCCUGGAAAGGUACCCGCGCGCUUCUCCAACGGCACGGAGGGUCCGACUGAUGACAUUGAACUCGACUACUUCAUUCGCAAUCUAGCUCAGAAGCAUGACUGGAUGACCUAUGAAUCAGCGGCUUUUCAAUCCGAAGAAGGCCGUGCGAUUCCAUAUGUCUUCUUAUCCCUGCCAAACACCAACUCGAGCAGCGACAAGCUACGCAUCUACCUCCAAGCCGCAAUCCACGGUAAUGAGCCCGCUGCCGACGAGUCUGUUCUUGCAUUUUUAGGCAAGAUGGAUGCCGAGCCUUCGUGGGCCAAGUCAAUAUUGGAGAAGAUUGACAUCAAGAUCCUUCCUAGGUAUAACGUCGAUGGUGUUGCAUAUUUCCAGAGACAAUUGGCGUCCAAUCUUGAUCCUAACCGAGAGCAUCUGAAGCUCAUGCGUGGUCAAUCUAGAGAGAUCAAACGAGUUGUCGGUGAAUGGAAUCCCCACAUUGCUCUUGACAUGCACGAGUUCACCGCACCGACCAUAUACGGCGGCCACUACCAACACGGCGCCGACUCUCUGCUGUCCGGCGGCAUCAACCCCAAUAUUCAUCCCAAGAUUCGCGAGCAGCUACUCGACUUCUUCAUCCCAGCUGUAGGGGAGGAACUUGAGUCUCACGGCCUCCGGUGGGAGCCAUAUGUUACUGGGCCUUCCAACCGCACUGAAGGUUCACGCAUUCGCUUCACUGAAGCUGUGACCGAGGCACGCACGGGCCGUAAUGCCGUCGGGCUGACACAAACGAUCUCAUUUCUCCUCGAGAUGCGGGGUAUUCGUAUCGCCAAUCAGCAUUUCCAACGUCGUGUUGCAACGGCUCUUAUCAAGAUCCAGUCCAUUCUUGAGUUAGCGAGAGAUAAUGCUGAGAAGGUCAAGUCUGUUGUUGAGGAUGCGCGUGAUGAAUUCAUCAACAGCGAUGAAGACAUUGUCAUCACAGACUCCUACGUCCCAGAGAACAGGACAUUUACCAUGGUCGAUACUCGCAACGGCAGCGUGGUCCAAGUGCCGAUCGACUUCCAGCGGACUACCCCAUCCAUUGCCAAUCUCACCAGGUCCAGACCCGAAGCUUAUGUGAUUCCACGAACUUGGUCCGAUGUUGCAAAGAGACUCGAAAUCCUGGGCCUGAAAGUUGAGAGAAUGAACUACGAGUUUAGACGAACCUUGGAAACUUUGACUAUUGAGUCUUCCGUUGUUGAACCUGGGCUGUAUGAAGGGGCGUACCUCAACACCGUCAUCACCAACUCAACCAGUCGAGAGGUGGUACUACCGGUCGGAAGCUAUUACGUUAGCACGAGGCAACAAAAUGCAGCUUUGGCCUUUAUCGCACUUGAGCCGGAGAAUAUUGAUAGCUACGUCAAGUUCAACAUCAUUCCGGUUGAAGCGGGGAUGGAGUAUCCUGUAUUCAGAAUUCCACGGGAAUGA